UGACUGUUCCAGCACUUUACUGUCAGACGUUUAGUUGGAACACAGACGUUCACAAUGCCUCAUGUACUGCGGCAGAACAUGCUGUUGCCCGUGCCGCCCUCGGUGGUCUUGCACGAUCCCCGCACCCACAUCCGCCACCUGCCGCCCGCCUACAGUCCCGCCCAGACACCUCUGAGCCGGGAGCGGGACUUUGCCCCGACGGUGCGCUACCACCUGGACUCGCCGCGCAAGCCCAAGUUCCGGCCCUGCAAGGUCAUCUUUGUGGGGGACUGUUCCGUGGGCAAAACCGCCAUUGUCAACCGAUUCUGCUUUGACAGAUUUCAGUCGAACUACAAGGCCACUAUUGGGGUGGACUUUGAACUGGAGAACUUCACUGUUCUGGGUCACAACUACAGUCUGGAAAUGUGGGAUACAGCGGGGCAGGAGCGGUUCAAAUGCAUAGCCGGAGCCUACUACCGCAACGCAAGUGUGGUCGUUGUCACCUACGAUAUGACCAAGCGGGACACCCUCGAGUCGGCCAGGAAGUGGCUCUCCAGCGCACUCAACUACAAUGUUAACCAGAAACCAUUGGUAUUCCUAGUGGGCACAAAAGCGGAUCUCUUGUCCAAGGAGGAGUUCAUGAGAAUGGAGCGCCUUGCGGGAGUGGCAGCUGCCGAGCUACAAGCGGAGUAUUGGUCCGUAUCGGCCCGGUCCGGAUUCAAAAUAACGGAACUUUUCCAGCGGAUUGCCGGACUGGCCUUUGAAACAGCCGUAAAGAAGGAAAUGGAGAAUCUUAAAGAUACAAAAAUUGAGGAAACAACACAGCCACCAGUUAAAUCGCAAUCCUUUGAUUUACGAAAUUUCUUCAGCAGUCGUUUCACGCCUCAAAAAAGUGGUUGUUCAUGUUAAAGUUUUUACAUUUCUGUCUUUUUGUUUAAUUUAAUUACUACCUGAAAUAAAUACACAACUAUGCGAAAACCUCAAGGUUUUUUUAUUAU